AUGAACGCUGUCAAGAUCGGAGACGAGGCCGCUGACUUCCAUGCCGAAGACAAUGACGACCACAAACCCUUCCGCUUCUUCGACCUACCGUACGAGCUACGCCUGCGCGUAUACGAACUUUUGCUUGUCUUCUCCAAGACAAUGGAUCUCGAUCCGACGAACCACCGAGCUGUCGCCCCAUCUCUGCGAACGUUCUACGUGAAUCAUCGCAUGCACAAUGAAGGCUCACGUGUCUUCUACGCCCACAACACGUUCCGCCUCUUCCCUAUCCACGGCCGCUACAUCAACGCAAAGUACCCGCUGUUUGCGCGGCUGCCGCGCAAGUACCGCGCGCUCAUAACGAGGCUGGAGCUGCGACUUGGCCCAGGCUUCACGCGCCCGCCGAAAGGAUGGGUGGUGGAUAGCAGGCUGGGCUUGGGCGCGGUGACGAAGGCGCAUAAGCUGAGGAUCUUCGUGGAAAUUGAUCCGGCGUCGAGCGAGAUCUUUGAGGGCUUCAGGACCGGCGAGAAGACUUUCUAUACAAAGUACUGCGUAGGACUGCUGAGGUCAUUGCUCGCGCAGAUACCGUCUGUGAGUGAGGUUGAGAUGGACGCGUAUCCAAGUGUAAGUAAGGAUAGCCCACUACUGAACGGCUUGCUGGACGAAGCAAAGCUCAACCAGAAGAGGAUUACUUGGGGACCGGAGAGGGGCUGGGACAAAAUCGUUGAUAAGGAUCUGGCUGGUAUUUUGGAGAGGAUGGGAUUGGGAGGCAUAUGGGCGUAG